UCUGCAAUCAAAGGGGCUUGGUUCAUUAGUGUCGGGACCGGAGCAGGAAGGACACGCGAGGAGUGUCACAGCUUCACGGAGAACUGGGCAGAGCGCACCAGUUUCAGCUCCGCGUCGGAUACGGCGAUUGCCACAGUGCGAUACUUCAUUAAACCGGAGACGUAUCGUCCUCGCUGGUGGAAAGCCUGAAAACGCACGACACUUUCAUCUCGAGAUUUGGAUGCACCGAUGAGAGAUCCAGUUUUCACGGGGACUGCUAUGGCUUAUCACCCCUUCCACGCGCACCGGCCGGCGGACUUCCCCAUGUCAGCGUUCCUGGCGGCCGCACAGCCCUCGUUCUUCCCGGCGCUGACGCUGCCGCCCGGAGCUCUCAACAAGACGAUCGCGGACCACGCGCUGGCCGGAGCCGCCGAAGCGGGGCUCCAUCCGGCUUUGACUCGCCACCACCAGGCGGCCCACCUCCGCGCUCUGAAGAGCCUGGAGCCGGAGGAGGACGUCGAGGAUGACCCCAAAGUAACGCUGGAUGCCAAAGAUCUGUGGGACCAAUUUCACAAAAUCGGGACCGAGAUGGUUAUAACUAAAUCUGGAAGGAGAAUGUUUCCUCCUUUUAAAGUUCGAAUGAAUGGUCUUGACAAAAAAGCCAAGUAUAUUUUGCUGUUGGAUAUUGUCGCUGCCGACGACUGCCGCUAUAAAUUCCAUAACUCCCGAUGGAUGGUAGCGGGGAAGGCCGACCCGGAGAUGCCCAAACGGAUGUAUAUUCACCCGGACAGCCCUGCCACGGGAGAGCAGUGGAUGGCGAAGCCUGUUGCUUUUCAUAAACUCAAACUGACCAACAAUAUAUCGGACAAGCAUGGAUUUACUAUCCUGAAUUCGAUGCACAAAUACCAGCCCAGGUUUCACAUCGUAAGAGCCAACGACAUUCUGAAGCUACCAUACAGCACUUUCAGAACCUACGUAUUUCCGGAGACAGAUUUCAUUGGCGUCACUGCCUAUCAAAAUGACAAGAUCACACAGCUGAAAAUUGAUCACAACCCGUUUGCCAAAGGAUUCAGAGACACCGGGAAUGGGCGACGGGAGAAGAGGAAACAGUUGACCCUUCCGUCGCUGCGUAUGUAUGAGGAUCCGUGCAAAGUGGACCGAGACGGCGGCGAAUCGGACGCUUCCUCCAGUGAACCCACGCCAGGAAGGGACGCAUCCCCGCUGGGAUCAGCUUCUAGCCCGUUGCGGUUCAGUCGGCUCAGCCGAGACGAAAAAAACUGCCCUGACAGCGAUCAGGAAUUGGAGCCGCACGAGGAGCGCUGCGCGCGAGCAAGCAACCCUGGCCCCCGGCCUCCAUCUUCUUACAGUCCCAGAUGUGACGGGGUGAAGGACAAGCCUAGGCUGGAGAAGGACGACGACUACCGGGACUCGCGGAAACAGAGCGAUUCAAUACUCAGCACCAGGAACCCAGAAAAGGAUAAGUCGGAAAACAGACAGAGGAAAGAGACGGAACCUUCCAAAAUAGACACGGACAGCGGAAACCUCGGCGGGGUGAAGGACAGCUUCUCCCCGCUCAUGGUGCAGACGGACAGCCCUUCGCAGUUCACCGCGGGACAUUUACAGAGCUUGGCCCUCUCUGGUCUGCACGGCCAGCAGUUCUUUAACCCGUUAAACGCGGGGCAUCCCCUGUUCAUCCACCCGGGACAGUUCGCAAUGGCCCCUGGGGCGUUCUCCGCCAUGGGCAUGGGACACUUCCUGGCUUCGGUAUCCGGAGCGAGUGGCCUGGAGAACGGCAGCCUGGCGGCGCAGGGAGUCGGCGGCACGCCAAGCCCCUUUCCCUUCCACCUGUCUCAGCACGUGCUGGCCUCUCAGGGUAUUCCUAUGUCGACAUUCGGUGGACUUUUCCCGUACCCCUACACCUACAUGGCAGCCGCAGCCGCUGCGGCCUCAGCUAUUCCCUCCAGUAGCGCGGCUUCCUCGAUCUCCAGGAAUCCCUUCCUGGGUAGCGCUGCGUCCCGGCUGCGCUUCAGCCCGUACCAGCUCCCCGUGUCCAUCCAUCAAAACGCUAACCUGCUGGCCACAGGACUGCCUGGCAGCCUCAACGCGGGAUCCGAGUCGUCGAAGUCGUGCAGCCGGGAGACGAGCCCCGCGCCCGAUCACCAUAACCACAAAGCGGGGGACAGUCAAGCGACUCGCUCUCCUAGAAGGACUUUAAAGGAAUCUAUCAACGAACUCCACAACAUACAGAGGCUAGUCAGUGGACUUCAGCGGGAGAGGAUGACCUCCCCGUCCAGUGACUCUCCGAAAUGAGAAAGGGAAAUUAUCAAUCCAUGGCUGGACUUUAAGUAUUCAUCAGUUCUUAGGAGCUGACGGUUGUGCUGCACGCGACAUAGCGUACCAUGGGCGAACGAAAUGGCUGACGGGAUGCUCGGGUAAUUAAGUGGUACACUUUGUAAAAUCCGUACAGUAAAAAUUCCCCAUUAGCCUAUUGAAAAUUACGCACCGGGUCUUCAGUAAUAUCCAUUUUAGACAGGAAGGACAUACAAGGAUUUCAAGGAGGCCUACAAACAAAAUGUUGAGUUUCUGAAAAGCCAAGCCUUCCACGGCUGAGAAGAUCAAAGGCCCAUUAAGGAAUAUGUUUUUUUUCUUCAAAAUAUCUCGCAACAGCACAAACACGACGGUGCAUCACGGAGGACACCUGGGAAAUCAAACGGGAUCCGAGCUUCUAAUAAUAUUUUAAAAGGGAUUUGAGGGAGACCAACGUUCAGUCGUAAAUAAAAAUAACGCCACACUACGGUAAUUUCUUGAAUAGAUGUUGACAAUCGCUUGAAAUAUCUGACGGACAAUACUAUUAGAACUAUUUAUGUAAUUGAAAGAACAUCAAUUUUGUAAAUAAGCUACACGUAUCCCAGGAUAUGCAAAUUAGUAUUAAUUUAUUUAAAGCUGUACAUUGGCGUGUAUAUAAUAAUAAGAGUUAAACUCAUUUUGUUUUGUUAAACUUCAUUUUGUAAAACUUCAUUUUACAUGAACAUAUAUAAUUAAUUAAACCUAUUUAGCGCUUGAUGGGUUGAAACAGAAAAUAAAAUGUUUCUGUAUCUGUGAUGCAUUUGCUGUAUAUCCCGCACGAGACGCGUGAAGGAAAAAAUGCGCGCCACUGUUGCAUUCUCGCGAUUGCAGACAUUAUUAGCUACUACGAAGACGGCUGCUGUGUCUGGCGGAGCGCGUGAUGGCACGAACACCUCAGGUUUUUAUUCAACUCCAGCACAGGAGAGCGGCGUUUUACACCCCUCUUGAAAGUAUACGCUUUUUAAAAAGCGCAACCGUUCAUUGCUGGUUAUUCGGGUAAAUUCAAAUGUUCUAUUCCAUCACACUUCAAAUAAAAAAUAUACGUAAA